AUGACAAAUUUUAAUGAUUCUGAACUUUUCGUGAUAAAGUCUAAAGUGCGUACAGGGCAUAAGAGAGAAUUUUCCUUUGCACUUAACUCUUACUCUGAGAUCGGGACCUCAUUGAGUAAAACCCGACCUCGUAAGAACCAGAAUAUGGUUCCUGUUUCUAAUCCUAAGAAGACAGGAAUGUCCAGUUCUAAAGAAGAACUAAAGGACAAUGUUGUUGUUGAAACUGUUGCAAAAAAUGGUGAUUAUGCUGAGAAGAAAAUGAAGAAUAAGACGGAUAAGAAGAAGAAUAAGAAGCCAUCAAUUCGAGGGAAGAGGCAAAAGUUUUGUGUGGAUUACAGAGAUGCGAAAGUUGUGUCAGGAUUAUUCUCCAGUUCAUGCGAGGAAUCAAAGAAUCGUCAACCUAGUCCAAGGCAUACAAUUGAGACUAUUGAUAGUCGUGUCUCACCAACAACCGUUAAUCAUAGAUCCCCCGAACCGGUUGUGCCUCAAACUUCAUCAUACAAAGGGAUGAAGUGCAACACAUAUUGUGAUAAGAGUCCACGAAGAAUUACUAGGAAGUAA